AGAGAGAGAGAGAGAGAGAGCUCGUCGCCAAGCGCGUCAUCGGCCCAAAUCAUUAGAGAACAUUUUAAUUCCGUCAGGCGUCACGCAUGUUUUAUUAAUUGUUUCUAUGCACGGCAAUGCGAAUAAUCGUCUUACUCGGAUUAGCAAGUCCGGCAAGUCUGUCACGAUACACUGAAAACUUUCGUUCCAUUAUCUUCGUGGACCGUUUGCGCGUCGCAUCUUCGAGUGCUGUCAAACUGCUGUCUAAAUAUGAAGAACGCUAUUCUCUUCGUUGUCGCUGUCUCCGUUACGACCUGCAUCGACGGCAAAGUUUAUUAUCUGGAAAAUUUAGACGAUGCGCGAAACAACGAAGCGAUCUAUCCGAUCGUAGAACAGCAGGCCUCUCGCGAUCUGGAUCUGGCUUUCUCCGCGGGAGAUUCCGUCGAGAAUGAUAACGUCGCAUCUCCGGUCAGAAAGGUAUAUACUUUUGUCGCCCCGGAAAAGCCGCAUGUCGAGUUGGGCAGAGACCCGGUUCGACCAGUCACGUAUUACAAAUUAACUGAACCGUCCAGAAGAGGCAGCUUCGACGACGUCAUUCUCGUUCCGCAAGGAGGUCGGAAAUUGAUGAAGCUGAACGGCAACAAUAAGGGCGAAGUGAUCCUGGAACUUCGCGUCAUAGCUAAUCACGACAGCACGUAAACUCGCACGUGUUAAAAUUAAACAUUCAUUCAUCUACGAAAGGAAGCGAGUUGAUGAUAAGAACGUUACGCAGUUGAAUCGCAUUGCUUUUAUUUUCACGUUCAACUUACAACAACGAGUAUUUUCUAUCGAUACAUAUAGAUACAUCGGAAUAUUAUUAUAAUAUUUACAGUAUAUAUCACAUGUCGAAUUCGCGUCGGAGAUGUUUUACUCCGAUAAGAUCUUUAAUGCGAUCCUUUGAUUCUCGCCGAAAGACGAUCCGUAGCUUCUUUUUUCGAUCGCUCGGAAUGUACAGAAUCAAGUCAAGAAAGACAAUACUGUUCUACAAGUGCGGUGGAUCGGCAUUAUACUCGAAAAAUGUCUCAGAAAAAUGUAAGCGCGAUAAAAUUUUAUAAGUGUGUCUUCAAUAAAUCGUAAUAAAUCGCAAA